AUGUCCAGUUCGCUAUCCACUUCGUCCACUGAUUCAUGGCUCCAGCUACUGUGCUGGGAUUCUGGGAAAGCAGAGCGUCUGCAGAGGGUCAUUGACGGUGCCACCUUUGAACCACACCCCGUAUCGGGCGAGAUCGAGCUUCCGGAUGAACUUCCGGUGACAUACAAGCGUAUCGACGAUGAGACUCUCAAAGCGCAAGUUCCACUCGCCGAAUAUAGCUUGACGGUGGUCUAUCUGUGGUGCCCGACAGACGAGGAGGGAGGUGGCCGUGGCUGGCGAGUCGCGGAGCUUUUGCCGCGGGAGGGAGCUUCUGAGGAUGACAAUACCUGGGCUUCUUCCAUCGGGGAGGCGAAUAUUCAGGCAAAGGACCAGCUCCUUGCUGACACUCUAAAGGCUGCUGAGGAAGAGAAGCUCCAGGACAACGGCAUGGAGAAUGACGACGACGACGAUGACUACUGGGCUCAGUACGACUCCACCCCGGAGCCAAGACCCCCGCGCCGCUACGGCGACGUGCAGCCGGCCAUGGACAAUCAUGAUCCCACGGAGGAACAACCGGAGGUUGGUCCGUCAUCGCUCAACGGGGAUAUGCUGGCCAGUCUCCUGCGACGACAGGUGAACGGAGGCGAUUCAGAGGAGGAGCCGCGCACCAACGGAUAUUCUCCAGGCCAUGUCCCCAGUGAUGAGGCCGCACAAUGUUUAAACCACCCACGGCCGGCCUCUACAUCUUCCGGUGGUUCUGAUGCUAUUGCCAAGCUGGAACAGGAGGCAGAGAGCCAGUCCACCUACGAGGUGGGAGUGAAACAACAUAUUGGCACGAGCAUCAAAAGUUUGUUCCGCUUGGCAAAGGCCACUGGAAUGCCCCGGGCAGAGUUCCAGGCAUUGGUCUCGACGGAAUUGGAGCUUUUGAAUAUUACGGAUGAUGAUUAA